GAAAGAGGUUGGGUGGAUUUACAGAAGGGCUCUUUUUUUCCUCCUCUUAGUGCAUUCAGGGAAAGGCCUUGAAGUGUUUGGUACAUGUUUCAGAUCUGCUGGACAUUAAGGCGAGUCUAAAGAUGUUAAAGCUCUCAGCUGGUUACUGGGAAAUAUAGAUGUUACACUACCAAGUUGCAGAUCAAGGCAGAGAGCUGUGAUUCAGGAAAGAGUGCAAGGUGGGAGAAGAGUGUUAGGCAAUUAAUUAGGAACCAGAGCAGGAGAAGAUAACUCUGAGAAUGCCAGUGUGCCUGAAGAUUAUCUCUUGCUAAUACAGCCACAACCCAAACUCUGGUUUUAAGGUUUGAUACAGGAAUGCCUACAUCAACUGACCAAAAUCUGGUCUUCUGCUCCAUCAAUGCAGAAAAAGCAAUAGCAACAGUGGAAAACUGGAAGUCUGAAUUUCAGCUUUCUUAGAAAGAACUUCAGCCCGACACACUCUAUCAUAUUAAAUAAGGGGAGAAAUAAAAUCAUCAAGAUGUUAUGUGCGGAGAUGACAACGUUGACAUGAAGACUAGGUAAUAAUCCACAGUUCAACUUUUUUUCCAGUCACUGGGAAAGCAGACCUCAUAGGAGAUAGAACAAACAGGGUGGGGAAAUAUUUUUUUAUUUUGAUUUAUUGUGUCUUUUAUUUUUUUUAAAAUGGACAAAACUGUGCUAAAAGCUCUAGUAAGCUUGCUCUGGAAUUACUGGAUUUUCAUGGGUUCUGCUAAGGGAGGCAUAGGGGACAAUCAUGUCCAUUCCAGUUUUAUUUACAGGAGGUUGCGGAACCAUGAGAGAAGAGAGAUCCAGAGGGAAAUCCUCUCUAUAUUGGGUUUGCCUCACAGACCCAGGCCAUUUUCACCUGGAAAACAAGCUUCCUCUGCACCCCUUUUCAUGCUGGAUCUCUACAAUGCUAUGACAAAUGAAGAGGAUACUGAAGAACUGGAAUAUUCGCUGAGGGGAUCACUGGAAGGAGAGAGCAGAGGGCUAAGGAAGGGAUACCCUGCAUCUCCAAAUGGAUUCUCUCGGAGAAUACAAUUAUCACGCACAACUCCGUUGACCACGCAAAGCCCUCCCUUAGCUAGUCUGCAUGAUACCAACUUUCUGAAUGAUGCAGAUAUGGUCAUGAGCUUUGUCAAUUUAGUGGAAAGAGACAAAGAUUUUUCCCCUCAACGACGACAUUACAAAGAAUUUAGAUUUGACUUGACUCAGAUUCCCCAUGGAGAGGCUGUGACAGCAGCUGAAUUCCGGAUUUACAAGGAUCGAAGUUACAGCCGAUUUGAGAAUGAAACCAUUAAGAUUAGCAUUUAUCAGAUAAUCAAGGAGUAUCCAAACAGGGAUGCAGACCUGUUCCUCUUAGACACGAGAAGGGCUCGUGCAUUGGAUAUUGGCUGGCUUGUGUUUGACAUCACUGUGACCAGCAAUCACUGGGUGAUUAAUCCACAGAAUAAUUUAGGAUUGCAGCUUUGUGCGGAGAUGGCAGAUGGUCGCAGUAUCAAUGUAAAAUCAGCUGGCCUUAUUGGGAGGCAUGGUCCCCAGUCAAAACAGCCAUUCAUGGUUGCUUUCUUCAAAGCAAGUGAAGUUCUUUUUCGAUCUGUCCGAGCUGCCAAUAAUAAAAAGAAAAACCAGAACCGCAAUAAAUCCAGCAGUCCUCAGGAUUCCUCAAGAAUAUCAAGUGUUGGAGAUUAUAGCACAAGUGAGCAGAAACAAGCCUGUAAAAAACACGAACUCUACGUGAGCUUCCGAGACCUGGGGUGGCAGGAUUGGAUUAUAGCUCCAGAAGGUUAUGCCGCAUUUUACUGUGAUGGAGAAUGUUCCUUUCCCCUCAAUGCCCAUAUGAAUGCUACAAAUCAUGCCAUCGUGCAGACUCUGGUCCAUUUGAUGUUUCCUGAUCAUGUCCCUAAACCUUGCUGUGCCCCAACAAAACUGAAUGCAAUAUCUGUGCUUUACUUUGAUGACAGUUCAAAUGUCAUUUUGAAAAAAUACAGAAAUAUGGUGGUGCGUUCAUGUGGUUGCCACUGAAUCCUUUCAUAAAACAGGAGACAUUCAAGACCAGGGAUUUUCUGCUUAAUAAUACAGGCAAAAGAUUCCUUUCCUUUCGGAAAAAGGGACCCUAAGCAACUUAUUCUAGUUUAUGUCACUACUCAUUUGUUGUACAGUAUUAUGUACAUAGUAGCUUUUAUUUAUUUAAAGGUAUAUUGUUUCUUUUGUAUGGAUGGCAUUUCAAACACUUUAUUAUAUGGGGGUACCUUAGUAUGUAGUAGAACAUUGAAGGCAAAUUUUCAGUUAAUCAGGCUGAGAUUUAUUUCAUUUUUAAAAAUAAAGCCUUUGUAUAGUGUUCUCUCUCUCUCUCUCUCUCCCCCCCGCCCUAGCUCAGAAACUCCAGAACUCCUGUUACUGUUUUAUAUUGUUAAAGGAAAUUGAAUACAUUUGGCUACACUGUGCCAAUGAAAACUCUGGCGGGCUAUUUAUUUAGAAAAGGCACUGAGAAAGGGCUAAAAAAAAGAGCUUAGCUAAACACAAUCCACCUUUUAGAAGUUCUACUCCAUUAGAUAAAGUAAAACGUUGAACUGUGUUUAAAUAAAUAAAUGGUAGUUUAAACGUAGAGGCUGAAAGAUUGCACAUAAUUGUUAAGGGCUAUUUUCUUUAGCAGAAUCAGUGUAACCAUAGGAGCCAUGUUACUUCUCUUUGCUUGUGGUUGCAAAUUUUGCUGGAGGCUCAAAGCUUUGAGAGUUCUGUGGAAACAGCUAGUUGCCUGUGCCCAUGACUUUCUAAGAUAAUAGUUUUUUGGGGGAAAUGUAGUACAACCUUCUUACCUCAAGUAAAUACUAUUGGUCCAUUAUCUGUAACACUACUGCAAUGGAUUUAUUUGUCUUUAUAGACAUGAGCCAGCCUCCUUUCUAAGUAAGAGUGAGUGAAUGGAGAAUAAUAAGCAGUGCAAAAUAUCUCAGAUACCCUCAAACAAUUCUCACAGAAUUUUAUCUAUAUUACCAGUGUUCGUUCACUCUUCCUUGGAUCAUUUCAUGUCUCACGGAAACAUUAUUUAAUUGGAUUUGUGUGUGUUUAAUGGGGAGUGGGAAUGCAGACUGUAGCAGAAUAAUGUGGUCAGCUGUAUGUAAUUUCAGAAAAAAACAAUUUCUCUCACUUCUGAAUAACAUCUGUAUUUUUAAUCUUUGGUAAAUCUCUUGAAGUACUUUUCUGUUGAGCCACCUUAAGUGGCGCAGCGGGGAAAUGCUUGACUAACAAGCAGAAGGUUGCCAGUUCUAAUCCCCACUGGUAUGUUUCCCAGACUAUGGGGAAACACCUAUAUCGGGAAGCAGCAAUAUAAGAAGAUGCUGAAAGGCAUCAUCUCAUACUGCGUGGGAGAUGGCAAUGGUAAAUCCCUCCUGUUUUCUAUCAAAGAAAACCACAGGGCUCUGUGGGCGCCAGGAGACGAAAUUGAUUUGACGGCACACUUUACUUUACAUUUCUGUUACAGCACAAUCUUAUCCAUGCUUACUCAGGAGUAAUCCCACUGGCCAACAUUCGUCGUGCCAGCACUCCACAAGAUGUGCUGGUGCCACGGACAAGAUCCUGAUUAACACAGCACCAGCGCUUGCAUGGGGGAGGGUAGUUUUCAAUGACCUUUACUUCCUCUGGAAGUCCUCUGUCACCCAAAAAUAUUUUUCGGAGGGCUGGGUGACACCGAGGGCUUCUGAGGAAAGGGGAGGUCAUUGAAAACCACUCCCCAUGCAAGUAUCGGUGCUGAAUUAUUCUUUCGCAUCCACAACACCGGGCCAUCUCACAGAGCACAGGCACUUUGUAAGACUCCCAGCCGCUCUGUUUAAGGGCUUAUUCCAUAGUAAGUGUGUUUAGUUGCAGUUUUGACCAAAAAAAAAGGCAUUUCAGUUACUUUUACCUAUAUUUAAUUUACCACAAAACCUUAGUUAAUAUACUGUAAUGUAUAUUAAUAUAGAUAUCUCCUAUGAAUUGCUGUUUUGGGGAACAGAAUAAUGAACGUAAUUUUGAGUGAAAUAAUGAAAGAAAAUUAAUUUGGGAAACAAAUAAAAUUGAUUUGUUUGUGAUUUAGAUAGUUGGAAGGGUACGGUGUUUGGAACUGAAUUUAUUUUAAAUAAAGUUUGAAAAAUGUAUUUUGGGUACAUUAAAUAAUAUAUUUUUAAAUAAAGGUGUACCAUUUUGUGUGUAUGAAAAUGAAAAAUAUAUUAUUCUUUGAAAUGUUAUGUUGAAAUAUAAUUCUAUAUUUGAAGAUGUAAUAAACCUAUAAUAUUAACUUGUU